AUCGCCCUCACAGCCUCGGCAGAUACUCGAACUGCGACGGAACAAAGUUGACGCAAUGGCGGCCUUGCUCUGCAUCAGCACCCCCGCCGUCGUCGCCCUUCCUCGCCUCCCGCACCGACGCGCACCCCCGUGCAACAUCGCCCUCACCGCUCCGGUGUCCGCCCGUCUCUCCCUCCGCCGCCGCAGCCUCCCAACUACAGGGCUACGUUGCUCUGGCACGGAGGUGGGGGUUGCAGCGGCAAUAAGGAUGGCCGCGGCCGCGCCGUUCGGGCACAACUUGGUGGCGUUGGGCAUCGCCGGUGACGAGGAGGCUGCCAACAAGUUGGGCUUGAAGGAGAUGGCCACAUAUGUCAUAUAUGGCACCGGUGCUUUCUUUGCCGGAUGGGUUUUGUCCGCUGUUGUUUCAGCAAUUGACUCCAUCCCCUUGCUCCCAAGAAUACUGGAGAUGGUGGGCCUCGGAUACACGGUUUGGUUCAGCUCACGGUAUCUUCUUUUUAAGAAAAACAGAGAGGAAUUGUUUGCCAGAGCUUAUGAUCUCAAAAUGAAAAUUGUUGGAUCCGGCGAUGCAUGAUGUGUUCACAUAUGGUUGGGCGGCUGAGUGUAAUAACUUCUCUCUCGUUUUGGGAGAAAUACUUAGUUGUGUGUUUCAAACAUAUGUUACUGAGUUUGUGAUGUAGUGUUUGUGAUGUUUGAACUAUUCGGAGAAAAAUGUAUGUCGUGCUUUCUAGAGAAAAAUGUGGUGUAUGUGAUAA